CUACUCCCCGCCCCGCCCCGGCAUUGUCCCCGUCGUCUCCUUUUCCCUUUCACCCUAAAAGCUCUGAGAGCCGCUCCCUUUCUCCUUGUACCCCGCGCUGUCCGCCCUCGGCGUAUCAGAGGAACAGGAUGGAGGGCUGCAUGGGGGAGGAAUCUUUUCAGAUGUGGGAACUCAAUCGUCGCCUGGAGGCCUACCUGAGCCGAGUCAAGGCGCUAGAGGAGCAGAACGAGCUGCUCAGCGCCGAGCUUGGGGGUCUCCGGGCACAGUCCGGAGACACCUCCUGGCGGGCCCGUGCAGACGACGAGCUGGCGGCGCUGCGGGCCCUCGUCGAUCAGCGCUGGCGGGAGAAGCACGCGGCCGAAGUAGCGCGCGACAACCUGGCUGAAGAGCUGGAGGGCGUGGCGGGCAGAUGCCAGCAGGUGAGGCUGGCCCGAGAGCGGACCGCGGAGGAGGGCCGCCUGGAGCUGCAGCAGCUCCAGACAGAGCGCGGCGGCCUCCAGGAGCGCAGGGCUGCGUGGGGACAGAGGCUGGAGGGCCGCUGGCUGCGCGCCACGGAAAAGUUUCAGCUGGCCGUGGAGGCCUUGGAGCAGGAGAAACAGGGUCUGCAGAGCCAGAUCGCCCAGAUCCUGGAAGGGCGGCAGCAGCUGGCACACCUCAAGAUGUCGCUCAGCCUGGAGGUGGCCACGUACAGGACCCUCCUGGAGGCUGAGAACUCACGGCUGCAGACACCCAUUGGCGGCGGUUCCAAGGCUUCUCUCAGUUUCCAGGACCCCAAGCUGGAGCUGCGUUCCCCUGGGACCCCAGAGGGCCGGCGUCCGGGACCUUUGCUCCCUGUCCUGAGCCCAGCUCCCCUCCCCUCACCCUUGCCCGAGACUCUUGAGACACCUGUGCCAGCGUUUCUGAAGAGCCAGGAAUUCCUGCAGGCCCGGAUCCCCACGCUGGCCAGUACCCCUAUCCCACCCACAUCUCAGGCUCCCUGUCCUGCCACAGAUGCAGAGAUCAAAGCCCAGGCUGCCCCUGUUUCCCUGGCCCAGCCACAGGAUGAGAGGCAACAGGCUCCAGAGCCCCAGUGGGCUGAGGUCAAGGAGGCCGUCCCUGCCAGUGUCCUACCAGGACCAGAGGAGCCUGGGGGCAGGCAGCGAGAGCCCAGUGCAGGCCAGGUCCCUGAGCAGCAGGCCUCCUCAUCCCUGCCCCUCAGCUGCAGCCACCCCAGCUUAGAGGUUAAAGAUGAAGAACCCAAUGGGUCUAGGGUGCCCAGUGUGUUCCAGGAGGAGGGUAAAGGACAGACCUGGGGGCUGGUAGAAGAAGAAACAGCCAGAGAGGUCAAAAUGGUGAGCAGCUUGCAGCAGGAAACAUGGCGAGAAGAAGAUCUGGACAUGAAGGAAAUUCAAGACUCCCACAGUCCUUUGGAGAAAGAAACCCUGAGAGCCCUGGGAAAGGAGAUUCAAGAGCCACUAGAAAACCAGAACCAUGAGACACUAGAGAAGGAGAAUCAAGAACCUCUGAGGUCUUCUGAAGAUGAGACCUUAGAAACACCGAAAAGCCUGGAAAACGUGACUCAAGAGCUAGCGAAGUCUUUAGAAGAAAAGGAUGUGGAACUAGUGAGACCUCUAGAACAGGAGACUCUAGAACUACUUAAGCCCAUGGAAAAAGAGGACUCAGAGACAUUGCAAGCCCUAGAAAAGGAGGGUCAGGGACUGGUGAUGUCUCUUGAAGAGAAUAUAGAGACAUUUUUAUUUCCAGAAAAAGAAAAUCAAGAAUUAGUGAGAUCUCUAGAAGAGGAGAACAUAGAGUCAUUGAGAAGUCUGGAAGAGGAGAAUCAAGAACCACUGAGCUUUAAAGAAGAAGACCAGGAACUACUGAGACCUCUAGCAAAAGAAAAUCAGGAGUCCCUGAAGGCUUUUGAAGAUGAAAACCAAGAACCCUUUAGAGAGCUAGAAGAAGAGAACCAGGAGCCACUGAAAUCUCUAGAAGAAGACCAGAAGAUUAUGAGACCUCUAGAAAAAGAGACUCUGGAGCCUCUCAGGUCUCUAGAAGAAGAGGACCAAGAGACAUUAAGACCCCUUGAAAAAGAGACUCAACCACCACUGAGGUUUCUAGCGGAGGAAGACCAGAUGACAUUAACACCUUUAGAAGAGAGGAACCCAGAGCCUCUAAAGUCUCCUGGAGAAGACCAGGAGAUAGUUAGAGCUCUUACAAAUGAAAAUCCAGAGUUAUUAGAGUCACUAGGAAAAGAGAGUGCAGAGGUAGUGAGAUCUCUAGAAACAGAGAACCUAGAAUCUCUCAUGUUUGCAGAAGGGAACCCGGAAAUAUUGAAGUCUUUAGAAACUCAAGAGACGCUGUGGUCUUUGGAAGAAGUGAAUCUGGGGACCAAGAAACCUCUAGAAAAGGGCAUUCAAGAACCACAAGGGUCUGCGGAAGAAAACCAAGGGACACCAAGACCUCUAGAAAAGGACAGUCAGGAACCACUGAGCUCUUUGGGAGAGUGGAGCCUAGAGAAUUUGAGAUCUUCCGAAGAGGUGGAAAAGGAAAGUGAGGAGAACCUGGGAGAGGAAGAGAACCCGGAGAAGGGAAAGGAUCAAGAGUUACCGAGACCCCGGGAGGAGGGACGGGAGCAGCCCCUGUGGGUGAAUGGGCAGAGUGGGGAAGAUGUGGUGGGGGACCAAGAUCCGGGUCAGGAACCCUGCCCUGGGAGGCCUGGGGUGGGAAAUGAGGAUGAGGCAGAGCUGAGCCUGAGGAUGUGCGAUGGCUUGUCCGAUGGCUUGUCCGAUGGCUUGUCCGAUGGCUUGUCCGAUGGCUUCAGGAAGGAGGCUGCAGAGCUGGGAGAGCCACAGCCCAGUGCUGCCUGGGAGGGGCAGUCGGGGAGCCCCGAGCCAGCUGAGGGAAGCAGCGGGAAGGGAGGUGCUAAGGGCCUUCAGGACUCUGAAAAGCAAGCAGAGCAGGUGGGGGCUCCAGACCCUCAGGCUCCCCAGGGAAUGGCAGAGGUGAAAGGGCCCCCAUUGGACAAUGAGAAUGCAGCCCCUGGAGGUGACCGUGCAUCCCCAGUGGUCACCUUGGGGUCCGAAACCACUGUGGAGGAGUCUGUUGUGGGAGCCAAGCAGGGACUAGAGCAGGAGGCGGGAGGGCUGGGGCAGUCCCUGGGGGAGGAAAGUCUGGAGGCAAAAAUGGUUCAGGGCUUGGGAGGGCCUGGGGAGGACCUAGAGGAGGCAGGUGCUCUGCAGACAGAGUUCUCUAAACUGGCCCGGACAGAGUCGGAGCCCGAGGCCUCAGGCCGUGAUGGUGAAGCGGGUACACAGCUGGGUGCUCGCAGCCCCAAGCCCCCUGAGCCCUGGCCGCCCAGCCCAGUACUCGAAGAAGCCCCCAGGCCCCAGCCCCAAGUCGAGGGGAAUCAGGAGGCAGAAGGGGAGGAAGAAGCCCCCGGGCCCCAGCCCCAAGUCGAGGGGAGGCAGGAGGCAGGAGAGCUGGAGGGCAGGGCCAAGGGAAAGGUAGAAGGUGAGCUAGGGGAGUUGGGUUCUGGAGAGAUCCCUGAGGGCCUCCAGGAGGAGGGAGAGGAGAGCAGAGAAGAGAGUGAGGCCGAUGAACUAGGGGAGACCCUGCCAGACUCCACGCCUCUGGGCUUCUACCUCAGGUCCCCUUCCUCCCCAAAGUGGGACCUGGCUGGAGAGCAGAGGCCUUCCCAUCAAGGAGAGACCCCAAAAGAAGGCUGGGACCCUGCUAUUCUGGCCCCCAAGGACCUUGCAGCCCAACCCUCAGAGGAGGAGGCGGGGAAUAGAGAGGAGGGGUGUGGCCCAGACUCUGACCUGUCUGAGGAGUUUGAGGACCUGGGGACAGAAGCCUCUCUUCUCCCCAGGGUCCCCAGGGAGGUGACGGAACCCCUGGGCCAGGUGCCCCAGCUGCUCCUGGAGCCCGCAGCAGCCUGGGAUGGAGAUGGGGAGUCUGAUGGGUUUGCAGACGAGGAAGAGAGUGGGGAAGAGGAAGAUGAGGAGGGCGAGGAGCCGGGGGCUGGGCAGUGGGGGCCAGCGUCCUCGGCAGGCAGCCUGCAAGCCCUGAGUAGCCCUCAGAGAGGGGAGCUGGAGUCUGGGACUCGUGGGGUCAACGUCCCCUGGGAUGAUGGCCCUGGGGGAGCAGCGGCAGACGCCCCUGGGACUGCCCUGGAGACCGAGUCCCAGGACAGCACUGAGCCCUCUGGCUCUGAGGGGGAUUCUGACCCCUCGCCCUUAGAGAGGGAGGACCAAGUCCCUGGGCCUCUGGAGACCCCCAGUGGGGCAGAUGACAUGGGCCCAGAGGACAGGGACACCCUUGGUGUCAAUGGCCAGGGACCCAGCUCGGACGAGGAGCUGGGGCAGGUCGAUGGGGCAGUGGUGAAUGGACUGCGGCAGUCUAAGGGCGAGAGGCAGGGGAGACUGGGAGCUCCUGAGGGGGACCAAGGGAGCCCCCUACAGGAGGACGGGGCGGCCCUGAAGACCCCUUGGGCAGGGGCUGCUCUUCACCUGGACCCCGGCCAGUUUCCAAGGUUCACUCAGAGGGACGGGGAUGGGGACUCCUGGUCCUCUGGGGAGGAUUAGGAGAAGCACUCCCGCACUGAGGGCUGGGGAGGGGCAGACAGGACGCCCCCAAGCCCCCUUCCUGCUUGGGGCAGCACCCUAACUUACGCCUUGCAUGUGCUUUCUGUCCAGAGGCCCGACGCGGAGGUAAAGGCGUGGUCAAGGGCCCAGUCCCAAGAGCGGAGGCUCUAGUAAAAACCUCAGGCCCCAAAGGGGGAUGUGGCUCCCGCACUGUCCCCUAGGCUGAAGUCAGCUGAGUCCCUGUAGUAGGGACCCUUCCUCUGCAUCCCAUCUGCUGGGAAAGGCCUGCGUCCAGUGGCUCCCCCUCGUCCAGUGGCUCCCCCUCGGGGGCUGCCAGCCUGCCCUGCUUCCUGGGGUAUCUCCCUCCUGGGAUGUGACCUGUGCUAGUGAAGGUGAGGGGUGCUCCCCUGCCCUGGCCCCCCAAACCCUGCCAUAUAGCCCCAUUCGGACCAUCCCUGCCUAAAUAAAGUAUUGCCUCCA